AUGUCCCAAUACUCAGGAAAAAUCACUUUCUACGAAGGCAAAUGCUUCACGGGCAGGAAGCUGGACGUCUGCGGCAGCUGCAACAGCUUCCAGGAGCAAGGUUUCCUCAACCGGGUCAACUCCAUCUGCGUCCAGAGCGGAGCUUGGGUCUGCUUCGACCACCCCGACUUCCGAGGGCAGCAGUACAUCCUGGAGCACGGAGAGUAUCCCGAUUUCUAUCGCUGGAAUGGACGCAGCGACCACCUGGGCUCCUGCCGGCCCGUUGGGAUGCACGGCGAGCAUUACAGGAUUGAGAUAUUCGAGGGGAGCCAUUUUAGGGGUCCCAGCCUGGAGCUGACAGAAGAUUGCUCCUUCCUGCAGGGACAAGGCUGGGACAAGACCUGCAUCAAUGCCCUCAAAGUGUACGGCGACGGCGCGUGGGUGCUGUACGAGGAGCCCAACUACCGAGGCCGCAUGUACGUGGUGGAGCGCGGCGAGUUCAGCAACUUCAACGCGUGGCAGGCGCGCAGUGCCAGCGUCCAGUCCAUCAGAAGGGUCGUCAACUACUUCUAGCUGAGCUUCCACCCCACCAGCAUCGCCCUCCUCCCCUCUCACUGGCC